UUCAUCGUCCGUAACUAACUUUACGCGCCGCGAGCGGAAAUUAUCAUUUCGGUCCCAGCUGGCUUGGAAACGUUUGAUUUCCUCUAAACAGCUGUUUCGUUGCGUUUUUCGAUGUGACUGUGGAUAUGGAGACUUCGCUUGUGUUUUUGGCGGGUCUUCACUUGGUGUUUUUGUUGAUGACAGGUGCAGGAGGUCUAAGGGACGUCCACCUACACGUGCCUCAGGCCGUCUUGACAGGCUCCACGGCCACGUUGCUGUGUCGCUAUGACCUGGAGGGCGACCUCCUCUACACCAUCAAGUGGUACAAGGGUCGAGACGAGUUCUUCCGCUACGUUCCCAAGGAACACCCUCACACCAGAGUCUUCCCACUGCCCGGAGUCAUUGUUGAUAUCGACGCAUCUGGCAGGGAUCGUGUGACGUUAAUCAGUGUAGACAAGUCCCUCACCAGCAAGUACCGCUGCGAGGUGUCUACUGAUGCGCCGGACUUCCAUACGGAGGUGGUGUCGGCUCAUCUACAAGUCCUAGGUAAGUCCAAGGGGAUCGUGUGACGUUAAUCAGUGUAGACAAGUCCCUCACCAGCAAGUACCGCUGCGAGGUGUCUACUGACGCGCCGGACUUCCAUACGGAGGUGGUGUCGGCUCAUCUGCAAGUCCUAGGUAAGUCCAAGGGGAUCGUGUGACGUUAAUCAGUGUAGACAAGUCCCUCACCAGCAAGUACCGCUGCGAGGUGUCUACUGACGCGCCGGACUUCCAUACGGAGGUGGUGUCGGCUCAUCUGCAAGUCAUAGGUAAGUCC